GCAAUCACUACUUUUACCUGUAAAGUGUGGUCGGUUCAAGUUUACAUCACCAUCCCCACCAGCGACUGCACCGACGUAAAGAAACAACUGUACCAACGCCAUUGUCGCCACCACCAACACCAACAACGACAACAACAUUAAUCCAGCUAGAAAGCCUCUAUGCGUCUCGCCAGCUGCAAGAAAUAGCUGCCAAAGCAUACUCAACUGCCUUGGAUAAAGAUAUAAAUUGGAUGGUAUAGACCUCGAUAACCUUAAAAGGGCGAGAUGGUCAUAACUGGAUUGUCUUUGAUUAUAGGUCAGCUCAAUUAGGGUUGACCUGACACGAAGCAACAUAUACAUCACCGCCACAAUAACAACACCCAUACUGCGACUACUGUUACUACAACCACCACCACUACCACAACUUCGGGCACUGACUUCUUAAGUGAGCGGUGUCAAUUCACCAUAGUAAACCUGUUUAGUUAAGUUUCAUUCCAGUAAGAUGGCCAGUCGUGAUAUGAGCACGAUCUGUUUGUUUGAUAUCGACGGUACUCUGACGUUACCCCGGCAGGUAAUUAGUGGUGAAAUGAAAGAAUGUUUAAAGGCCUUGCAGCAGAAAGUGGGAGUUGGUUUAGUAGGAGGCUCUGACACAGCAAAGAUUGUGGAGCAGAUGGGAAAUAAUUCUGAUGUUAUCAAAGAAUAUGAUUAUUUCUUCUCGGAGAAUGGCGUGAUUGCUUACAAAAAGGGUGAUUUAAUAGGUGAGGAGAGUAUUCAGAAACAUUUUGGUGAAGACAAACUACAAGAUGUCAUCAAUUUUGGUCUCCAUUAUAUGUCAACAAUAAGACUUCCAUGUAAACGGGGUACAUUUAUUGAAUUCCGCAAGAGUAUGUUGAAUUUUUGCCCCAUUGGACGCAGUUGUUCUCAGACAGAGCGUGAUGCUUUCAGUAAAUAUGACCAGGAACAUCAAGUUCGGAAGAAAUUCGUCAAUGCCUUGUAUGAAAGGUUCCCAGACUUAGGUUUACAUUAUGUAAUUGGUGGUCAGAUUAGUAUUGAUGUCAUACCUGAGGGCUGGAAUAAAAGUUACUGCCUGAAAUAUGUUGAAAGAGAUGGUUUCAAGACAAUACAUUUUUUCGGAGACAAGACACAGCCAGGUGGCAAUGAUCAUGAGAUAUAUGAAGAUAAACGCACUAUUGGUCACAUGGUGAAGAAUCCUGAUGAUACCAUACAACAACUUAAUGAACUAUUUUUGGGAUGAAAAUUAUCUAUAUAUUUUUAUUUGAAUUAUAUUUUUAUUAUUUCAAUUAUUAGUGGGCAUGUAAAAAAAAAAAUACAAAGAAAGUUCUGGAAAAAUGUAAUGAAGAUAAAAAAAAAAGAAAUACAACUAACAAGUGAAGGAAUAUCUACUUCAGUGAGGGUCACCAAAGGAUUUGGUUUGGUUUGGUACAACUGAUCACUGCUUGGGUUGAAAUCUGUUUACAUGAUUGAUGGUUUAUCUCUGAAUUUUGGUUUAUAUUCUAGGCUGGAAUGACUGUCUCAGUAAUUUGUGUUUUGGUUCAUCAUCAAUUAGAGUUCUCUGCAAGAUUGUAUAUGUGAAGGUUUAUAAGGUUUAUAUGCAUGCAUGCAUAUAUAUUAUAUAAAUAUAAUAUACAUAUAGAACAGAAUUAUAUAUACAUGCAUAUAUAUUUCGCUUAGGCAUUGUGAGCCUAAUAACCUGGUGUAGAACUCAAUUUACAUAGGCUUCCGAAUGAUGCAUUGAGUACAGAAUGGUUAGGAAAAAAUAAAAUGACAAAGGAAUAAACGAUUAACUUUAUCAUCAUCAUAUUUGAGGCUCUGGUGAAGUUAUAAGGUGUUACUCAAACACUCAACUAUGAGUCCAGUGCAUCUUAUAGUAGAAACAGCUGUAAGCUAAUUAAGUUCAUAAGAUAAUUGUUUAUUCCUUUGUCAUAUUAUUUCCUUGUAUAUAUAUAUAUCAUCAUCAUCAUCAUCAUCAUCGUUUAACGUCCGCUUUCCAUGCUAGCAUGGGUUGGACGACUUGACUGAGGACUGGUGAAACUGGAUGGCAACACCAGGCUCCACCGGAGCAAGCACAUAAAUGUGCAACAAGAUGGAAAAAAGAGUAAUAUAUAUAUAUAUAUAUAUAUAUAUAUAUAUUAGACCAGUUUGGGCUAUCUCUAGUUUAUAUUUUAAGUUUUCAAUAUUGUAUUGAAAUUUUCAAUUUCAAUAACAAACUUUUACUCUACAGUAUUGGCAUUCUGAGAAAGAGAGUAAAAAAAGAAAGGUGGGGCAGGCAGCAGGCUUGCUGAAAAGAUAAAAACCCUAUCUAGAUUCCACAAACAACCAAUAAACCUCAACUUCCAUUUCUGAAUCCUUACCAGUCUGAAGAUACACAUUACAAUAGAAACCACCCAUCACUGAGGUAUUGAAUCUACUCAUUCCAAUAGCACAUACAUAAAUAAAACAACAACAACAACAACAAAAAUCAGAAACUUGCUGCAAGGUGAGCACACAGCAGGAGAAAUCUUCAGAGGAAGAACUCCCAUCUGACAAGUAUUUCAGCUCUUACUCCUGACACACUAUGGGAGUCAGGCCAUGACCCCUAGGUGUUCUGCUGCUUUCCAAAAUCCUUUCCCCAGCAUUCUUUUUGUGAUCUUGUGUUCCCAGGUCUGUGUUUCAGACUACUAGGCCAUGCUAACCACUGAAGGAACCAGUUCUCUUCUUCCUUAUAUUUCAGAUAAAUGGAAUCUAUAACUUGAUCCAUUAGUCAUUUCUCUUUGCCCAUAUCCACAUUGAGCUCUUUUCAGCAACAUCAGAUAAGCAUUUGAUUGUGGCAGUACUGCAACCUUUGAUACCAAACUGUCCAAAUAACUGGCAGGUUGAUGCAGCUAUGAAUCCUUGUGAUCCAACUUCAACUGGUUUCACAAUACAAUGGUAACCCUCUCUCCCUAGCUGCUUUACCAGCUCACCAUAUUUGCUCAUCUUAAAGAUGUGCUGCGAAACAUUUUCCAAAAGGCAGUAAAUACUAUAGAAUAUCUAAUAAACACAGAGUUUCCAUAUAAACAAUAACAACAAUAGUAAUCAGAAUUAUAGAUCAAUAAAUAGUAACAAUGUCAACAUAAGCAAACGAACCAUAAGUAACCCAACUAGGCAUCAGGAUAGGAACUAUGGUUUGAUAACCUAUAAAUGGAAGCUACCUGAACAAACUCCUGCAUUAACCUGGAAGUGGAAGGUGUGAGUCCUAGAAAGUGCAGUACUCAAUGUUUUUUAUGUGGGUAAGAGUAAUAACUAAGAAGAGAGACAGGAGAAUUUAGAAAUCACCUCUAGUGAAGAUGAAGUGGAAACUAUUAAUGGAAGUAGUAGAACUAUCAAAAGCGAUUGUGUAAGGAACAGGGUUUGCCUGCUUUACUCUAAUUGUAGGUAUAAAAUUAUUGUAUACAAAUGUAAGGUUACCUCAAAGACUUAUUGGAGCUAGCUCACAUUAUAUCAAGCAAUGAUCCGCCAAUCAUUUAAAUUCAUUUAGAAAUAGGGACAAAAUGUUCACCACUAGCCUUAGUAAACUAAUUUGGGCACUAACAGAUAGUAACAAAGUAUAUUCAGUUGCCUUGGAAAUAAUUAGUAAGGCAAAACCUUAUAGAAUAGGUGAUAACAGAUGUACUUUUGUGCAGAAGAAAUGUACCAAAUUUUCAUUUCUAAAUUUACUCAAGACAGGAACAGGCUCUAAGAUAUCCACACUUGAGAAAAUGUAUGUUUAAGCAAUUUAAAUAAACACAACUCACCAUAUAUAGUAACUAUGCUAGUUACAAUAAUGAUUAUAAUAAUUAAUGAUAUUUAUACUAAUACUAUUACUAAUAAUCCUUUCUACUAUAGGCACAAGGCCUGGAAUUUGGUGGAGAGGGAUAGUGAAUUACAUCAAUCCCAGUACUCAACUGGUACUUCGUUUAUUGACCCCGAAAGGAUGAAAGGUAAAGUCAAUCUCGGUGGAAUUUGAACUCAGAACUUAGCAGCAGACGAAAUACCGCUAAGUAUUUUGCCCAGUGUGCUAAUGAUUCUGCCAGCUUGCUGCCUUGAUACUACUACUAACAAUAAUAUGAAUUGAGGGUAUAAACCCAAUAUAAGUAAAAUAUCUCUGAAUAAAUAAUAUACUCCAUACAGUAACAUGUAAACAAAACUUCUACAAUUGAAAUCCAAAUAAACAUUUUAAAACCAUGUUUCAUCUGUGAUAACAGCAGAGGUGAUUAUAAACCCAACAUUCCAUCGAAUAUAAAGAGUAACGCUAUUACUUCCAACUGAAUACUAACACAGGACGCUUGUUUGAAUCAGUUCACUUUGAAAACGUUGUGAGUGAUGAACCCUUGAUGAAAUUGCAACGACUAGAAUGCAUAAUUGCAUACAAGGCAAUGUGCAGUCACUGUAGUUGAAACAUGCAUAGGUCAGAUGUAUAUGCCGUAGAAAAGUUUUUGGAUGUGAAUAAAUCUCCACCCUUCCUUUCAUUAUCAAAGUUACAGCAUCGCUUUACUGGCACGUGAAAAAACAUUUGAGCGAGGUUGUUGCCAGUGCCACUGGACUGUCUCCUGUGCAGGUGGCAUGUAAAAAACACCAUUUGAGCGUGGCCGUUGCCAGUACCGCCUAACUUGCCCUCGUGCCAAUGGCACGUAAAAGCACCCACUACACUCUUGGAGUAGUUGGCGUUAGGAAGGGCAUCCAGCUGUAGAAACUCUGCCAUAUUAGAUUGGAGCCUGGUGCAACGAUCUGGUUCGCCAGUCCUCAGUCAAAUCGUCCAACUCAUGCUAGCAUGGAAAGCGGACGUUAAACGAUGAUGAUGAUGAUGAUGCGUAUAUAUAUAAUAUAUCUAUACUAUAAUGGAGAAAGCCACUUAUCAAUUAGGUAUGUAACAAUUACUAAAAGUACUAAAAGAAAGCAAUUAUUAAAGGGUUGACUGUCUGGAAAUAUUUUUAUAAAUUCAUGUCUUAGAAAUUUCCUAUAAUUUCUAUUUCUCAAGGUUAUUGAAUUUUUAAACUCCAGUUUGUUGCAAAUUUAAAUAUUCAUUGCAUCCAAUUCAUCACAAAUUUAAAUAUUCAUCACAUUCACUGCAGAGUAUUCCAUUUUCAUUUGCAAAGUCUCUCACUUUCUCUUUUAAUGUUUUCAUUUUAAGUUUUAAUUUGCUAUUUGGAAAACUGACAGUUUAUUCUAUUAAUGUAUACAUAAUGUAAAAACAUUAUUUAUUGAAUGAAAAUUUCUUAAAAUACCUGUAUAAUUUUUGUAAAAAAAUUUAAAAGUGAUUUUGUUAUUAUGGCUGUUUGGAACGUUGUACGCCUUACAAUGAUAACUAUCCAGACCAAUUUUAGCCAUUUUCCUCUUUAAC